ACUUCAAGACCCCGAAGCGCCAUAUUUGAUACAAAUUGUAUCUUUUCUUCUGGCAUAAGCUUUGCUACAUUGCAAGAUUACGAUCGAAGACUAUCCCUUGUUGAUUCAAAUACGUAAAAUAACAAAAAGUAUAAGAUGAAUGUCAUAGACCAUGUUCGGGAUAUGGCGGCUGCAGGACUUCAUUCGAACGUGCGGAUAAUAAGCAGCCUGUUACUGACAAUGAGCAAUAACAACCCAGAACUGUUCUCCCCGUCUCAGAAGUACCAGCUACUGGUGUACCAUGCAGAUGCACUGUUUCACGACAAAGAGUACAGAAACGCAGGGUGCAAGUAUAGGAUGGCUUUGCAGCAGAAGAAGAUCCUGAGUAAAACCUCCAAAGUACGUCCUUCUACGGGAGGGACGGCAUCCUCGCUGCAGUCACAGAGCCUUCCAUCUGAGAUUGAAGUGAAGUACAAGAUUGCAGAAUGCUAUACCAUCCUGAAGCUGGACAGGGACGCCAUCGCUGUGCUGGAUGGGAUCCCCUCCCGCCAGAGAACACCCAAGAUCAACAUGAUGCUGGCUAACCUGUACAGAAAGGCUGGCCAAGAGCGAUCUGCAGUGACAAGCUACAAAGAAGUACUAAGGCAGUGCCCUCUGGCACUUGAUGCCAUAAUUGGUCUUCUCUCUCUGUCUGUGAAAGGAGCUGAAGUGGCAUCUAUGACCAUGGAUGUGAUUCAGAGCAUUCCCAACCUGGAGUGGCUCUCUGUGUGGAUAAAGGCCUAUGCUUUUAUUCACGCUGGGGACAACUUGCGAGCCAUCAACACCAUCUGCACACUGGAGAAGAAGUCUCUGCUUCGUGAUAAUGUGGAUCUACUGGUGAGCCUGGCAGACCUCUACUUCAGGGCGGGGGACACCAAGAACUCCAUCCUGAAAUUUGAGCAGGCCCAGAUGCUGGAUCCCUAUCUGAUCAAAGGCAUGGACGUUUAUGGCUACCUGAUGGCUCGUGAGGGGCACCUGGAGGACGUGGAGGUCCUGGGAGGGCGACUGUUCAACAUCUCUGACCAGCACGCAGAACCCUGGGUCAUCUCCGGCUGCCACAGUUUCUACAGCAAGCGCUACUCUCGCGCCCUCUACCUCGGUGCCAAGGCCAUCCAGCUGAACAGUAACAGUGUUCAGGCCCUCCUCCUGAAGGGGGCGGCGCUGCGCAACAUGGGCCGCGUGCAGGAGGCCAUCAUACACUUCCGGGAGGCCAUGCGUCUCGCUCCCUGCCGCCUCGACUGUUACGAGGGGCUGAUCGACUGCUACCUGGCCUCCAAUGGGAUCCGGGAGGCAAUGGGGAUGGCCAACAACAUUUACAAGACGCUCGGUGCGAAUGCCCAGACCCUGACCAUCCUGGCCACCGUGUGCCUGGAGGACCCCAUGACCCAGGAGAAGGCCAAGACCCUGCUGGACAAAGCGCUGGCGCAGAGGCCCGACUACAUCAAGGCUGUGGUGAAGAAGGCAGAGCUGCUGAGCAGGGAGCAGAAGUAUGACGAGGGAAUUGCUUUGCUGCGACAUGCCCUGGUCGAUCAGAGUGACUGUGUGCUGCACAGGAUGCUGGGAGAUUUCCUGGUGGCUGUCAACGACUAUCAAGAGGCAAUGGACCAAUAUAGCAUAGCACUCAGCCUGGACCCCAACGACCAGAAGUCCCUGGAGGGCAUGCAGAAGAUGGAGAAGGAGGAGAGCCCGACGGAGGCCACGGUGGAGGAGGACGGCGACGACAUGGAGGGCAGUGGGGAGGAUGGGGACCUGGAGGGCAGUGACAGCGAGGCGGCCCAGUGGGCUGAUCAGGAGCAGUGGUUCGGCAUGCAGUAACCCCGCCCCGGCUCCCCACACACCCCGGGGCCCGCGGGGAACGGUGAAGCACCAUCUUCUAGCUCGCCCAGUCAGGCCACCUGGAUUUUAAUGUCUGUCCUUGCUGUGCUCACCGAACCUCCAGAAUUGGGUCUUGUGGGUGGGACCUUUGCCCCAGGGAGAAGACACCCUCCUCAGGUGAGAGGGUGUGGCUGAGUGUGGCUCUGCCCCUCUUAGCCUAUGGGGUGCAGGGGAGGCUCCACUCGGUUCUGUGGAUGUGGAAGGGGCUGGGCUGACUGCAUGACACCUGCUAUGUGACAACUGUAUGUACCUGUGUAUAUAUCCAAACUGGGAGGAGAGCUCAGUGUAACACGCUGGUCUUGCUGGUCUAUUUUCCCCCAUUGUGGGCAUUCUGUUCCUUUUUUCUGUAUGACUGUUGCCAUAUUCCUGUUUAAGCUUUGCCUUAUGACCUUGUAGAUGUUCUUAUUGUUUUUCUGACAUUACUUUGUCCUGCAUUUCCCCUCUAAUCAUGUAAUGGUUUAAUUUUAGUCAUUCUUGGGGUAAUAUAACUUGUGGGGGGAGGAGGGGGUUUCUAAUACAGAUGUUUAUAAGUAGUGUGCUGUGUAUAUAUACAUAUAUAACAUGAUCUUGUGUAGUAUAGAUAUAAAAAAUAAAUACAAUCAUGGUG